AUGGCGCUAGAAAGCAAUGGCGACCGGCCGCUCAAAGAAGAACAAUUAGAUGCCAAUGAACCGACGGUUAUCGCUAAAAUACAUCUCCCGGAAUUCGAUCCGGAUGAUAUUGAGACCUGGUUCAUCUGUCUCGAAGCAGCUUUUAGUGUAAACGCGAUCAAGAACGAUAAAUAUAAAUUUAACGCAGUGAUUAACGCGCUAGGAUCGCGCGCCAAAUAUGUGCAUUCAGUGAUUACUAAGUGUAAUGCCACUAACACUAACGACAAGUAUGACGUUCUAAAGGCUGCCGCCAUUGCACAUUUUCGACCGUCGGAAUCGCAGCGACUGACCAGCCUCCUCUCUGAAAUGACCUUGGAAGAUCAGAAACCGAGCGUGCUUUUGUCAGAAAUGCGCCGUCUAGAUGGUGUUGGUUGUACUGACAGUGUAUUAACUAACCUCUGGCUGCGAGCCCUUCUACAUACCACGUGUUCAAUCAUAGCCGCCAUGCCAGCUGCCACUCUUGACGAACAAGCAAAGAUGGCGGACAAAAUUCUUGAAGCACCCCGUGAGCAGAUUUCAGCUGUACAAGUAGCCGAAUCAUCUUCGAUAUCAUCUCUCGAACAAAGAAUCGAAGCACUAUCACGCCGCCUUGAUGAAGCAUUAUCGUGCGAAUUUCGCGGACGAGAUCGACACAACAGCCGCCCACGCGAUCGAUCAUUCAACAGACGUGAAGGAACUCCAGCCCGCAGUAAAACUCCCCGACGGUGGAUCUGCUGGUUCCAUUACAAACAUGAUGCCGAAGCUCGGAAGUGUGAGAAGACCAAAAGUGAUAAUCCUAACGUCAAGUGCAUUUUUUUCGACGGACGUGUCGAGGUGUACACUCGCCCAAAGGAAAAUUGA